AUUUUUCUGUGAUUGUAAUUUUGUCAUAUACUUGAGGAUAUGUGCUUUUUAAUGAUAUAUGGAACGAUAUCAUCGACAAAAUGGUACAUGAGCAAUCAAUUUCUGAACUUGUUAUUCCCGGAUACUUGCACGCUUAAAGUUGGACUGAAAGUCGGCAAAACUUGCGAAUUGCGACUUUUAGUAUCUCUCGUCUCCCUCCUCGCAGACAAGAUAUUUAUCUAUGAUUGGGAUUUUGUCGUAUACUUGAGGAUAUAAUCCCUUCAAUGAUAUGCGGCACGAUAUCAUCCAUAAAAUAGUGUAGGCGUAAUAAAUAUCUGAAUUUAUGAGGUCCAUAUACUCAAGUCUGUAAGACUAAAGUAUUGCGACUUUCGGUAUCGUUUGCCUUCCUCCUGGCAGACCAGAUAUCAAUCUAUAAUUGUAAUCUUGUCAUAUACUUGAGGAUAUAAUCUUUCUAAUGAUAUAUGACACGAUAUCAUCGACAAAAUGGUACAGGAAUAACCAGUUCCUGGACUUAUGAGCUCCAUAUACUUGCACACAUCAAUUUGGACUAAAAUCGGCAACCGUCAAAGACCAACACACUCAGCAUCUCAUGCGGGCCACGCUUCUCGGUGACGGGAUAUCUGUCUAUGUUCCUGUAUUCCCCGCAUAUUUCCAGACUGCCAUGUUAAUGCAUGUCGUACCCAGCCUGCAAUAAGCUGGGCCCCGUCUUGCAUGUCGCUAGUUGGUGCGCGCAAAGGGAGCCAGGAACCAGCUUAAGCCUGCAAUGACGGACUUUACCGAGACGUGACGGAAUCGUUUCUGUGACGUCACAAUCGCAAGGCCGCCAUUGCCUGAGUAGCAACCAGUUUCGCAUCAGUUGACCGCAUAAGCUCUGCCCAAAUUGUCUUUUCUCUGCGUUUCCAAGUAUGAACGAGAUCCAUCUACCCGAUUUUCAUCAUCUCCAGAACGACGGGGAACUCUUGAACCCUUCUCGUUUCUGGGUGGACAUAAUGAAGUCCCGGGUAGGCAUCAGCAAUUCAUACGCCGAAAAGCUGCUCGACUGGUGUCAGGAUUGUAGGACUAAGCUUGGCACUGUCAGUCAAGAUGAUUGGCCUCGACUAACAGGGGAGGCGUGUUGUCUGAGCACAAGGCCUUGAGCCGGGAACUUCUGUCCCUGACUGAGAGACACAUGGUGUGCCUCAAACAUCUUCAGGAGGUGAAGGAGAGCGGAAUAAUGGCCAUGGCUGCCUCUCGUAAUUAUGAAAGGAGAAUAAGCGAGCUGAAGGCUGAGCUAGUGAAAGUGGGGGAAAGGUCCAAGACGUCUCAGCAAAGUAUGCUGGAGAAGAAAGUCCGGACUCUGGAGUCCAAGCUGGUUAAACACAAUCAGAAGGAGCAGACCCACAAAGCCCGUUAUGAGUGCCUGUUGAAAGAGGAAAGCGAGCUUGUGAACAGGCUGAGAAAGACCUCUGACCAUGCAUGUCAAGAAGCAUGUGACCUGCAGAAGAGUCAGUUGGAGUCCUUGAUCUCCAGUCUCAGAGACUUUGUUGUCAAGACAUGCUCGCCUGACAACGGUGACAGGAGCAGCUUCCUGAAGGCGGCCAUUGAUGACAUAGCUGUCGAUGACAUCAUCAAUGCCACCUGUGAUGUCACCUCACAGAAGUACAUCUUCCCAGAUGUUCAGGCCUGGCAUGGGAAGUUUGGCUUCUUGGAGAAAAUUCCAACCCCGUUCGUCCGAGCAUCGGAUGUGGCCAUUAGACGAGAUCCAAAGAAAGGCCUGACUGAGGAGAACCUCCUGGCACAAGAAAUCAUGUCAGCCAUUGGCCAGCCCGUUCACAGUCGCAGACGCUGGAUCUCUAAGUCUAGUACCAAGAAUGGUGACAACGGUGACUUCAACAACAACGAAUCUGUUACUGUCAUCUCAAAAGCUGCAGUGGAGGAGGACGUGAAGUAUCUGGAAGACGUGUAUGUGCGCGUUAUCCGCCCCUUCAAGCCCACCCACCCUGAGCACCUCCAGCUGAAUCUGGGCAUGCGUAUCAAGCAAAAAUUCCCCAUGGACGUACGGGGCAUGUCCUUUGGGUGGUGUCGGCGUGGGCUUGGGGGUCGGAAGAAGCGGCAUGGAUUUUACCCUGCAGAUCACGUGAUCUUGGAGAACUAGACUUUCAUUUCAUUUCAGUUGUAUAUGUUGUAAAAACUUUAUUUUCUACUGUGAAUACACAUUGAUGAAGGUGUA